GCGAACAAUUCGCUUUGGUACGCGGUUUCACGACGUUAUUUCGUCCGUUCAGUGUCGUGAAACAAGGAUAUUCAUAUGUACGUCUGUAACGAAGUGACAAAGUGCGUCUGUGACAUUUUUACCUGUUCGAUUUUCCUAAGUUAAAACGGUCAAGUGUCGUCGCGGUGGCUCGAAAAGUUGGUGGCUGGUGCGCGCCGUGCGUGCGGUUGAUCGGAGCGUAUACCGCUGUUCUCGUCAAUUUGGUGGGAGAGUGAGAGUGAGAGGGAGGAGGGGUUUCCCGUCCUCCUCUUCUCUCGCUAAAAUCGGCCGGAUUUUUGAACGGGGAGGAAAAACGAAUAAUCGCAUAUAAGAAAAAUAUGGAGAUAUCGAAGAGUUUGCAAGCAGAAAUUCUUGCCGUGCAAAAUAAGCUGAAAAAUGCCAUACGCGAUCAUCAGAUCUGCGUGGGCAAAUUGAAGGAUGAUCCGAAUAACACAGACAUUCUCGAUCAGAUACAAAAGAUUCACUUGCACAUCGUGUCGUUGGGAAGAUGCCAGAAGCAAGUUGUCCAGCGGCUGCGCAAAGAGGUCGAGACGUUCAAAACGGAGAAUGCGAACGGGGCGAAAGUUUCUAUCGCAUCGCUUCUCGGCUUGAACAACAAUAAUCACAUUACCAACAACAACGACGAGACGAGACUCAAGACUACCGGAAAUGACUUCAGUACAAAAAGUUCGAAAGAGGACUAUGAAGAAAUCGUUCGAAACGGCGAUGUACCAUCGCCUACUCGGAACAAUAUACGGACAAAAGAACGGCCAAGUUCGGUGGAAACUAUCUCCGGCGAGGACGACGUUAUCGAAGUUUCUAUGGACGAGAAUUCGAACGAAAAGUCUGAAAAAGAAGAAUCAGAAAAGGAGUGCAAGCUCGAGUCGAUUGAAAAAAUUAAUUUUCUGAGCGUUCUUGGUCUUAUUACUACCGGAACAUGCGCCGAAUUACAGAACAGAAGGGCCGAAAGAAAACGUCGUAGUACCGCCAAUCCACAAUUUGUUUAUUCCAGCCUAGACGUGCCAACGAAACGGAAAAGACACUCGUACUUGCAAUCUGGAAAUGUUCCGCAAACACGGCAAACAACCGCGCGUAUGAACGGACCUUCGCCACCCCCCGUAAAGGCUUUACCGCUGAAAUCAACCUCACCGCCGUCGUCGAGAACUGUGAUGAAGUCUUUGAUCCCGAUACAGAAAUCUACCACGAGGCCGAAUAUUCUUAGAAACGUAACCGAAAGUAAAGUUUUCACCAACAAGGUCAAGGUCGAAAAUGGGACCAGUCAAAUUCAAUUACCUACUGUUCCUACUGUAAAAACAGUUCAAUCGAUUGGCAACAAGGCUGUACACAUACCAGGCUUACCUUCCAGUCUGACUAUCGAAAGGAUCAGCAAUGAUUCGGCAGUCUGUAUAAGUUGUAGAAAUCCAGGUACACUUACGGUGUGUGAAAGUUGUGCAUCCAAUUAUCAUGUAUCCUGUCAUUCCAUAUCACCGGCACCGCCGAGAAUAUGUCCCAAGUGUGCGUUGAUAGAUGAGGAAGAGAUCGAUGAUGGCGAAGAAGGAGAGGAGGAGGACGACGAAGGACGCCCGUCGUUCAAGAAUGACGAAGAAUUCGCUACAACAUCGCACGCGGCAGGAAUUAUUAGGAAAACAGGAGAAGACUCAGAGAUCUAUAAAGCGUCUUGUGGACUUCAUAAAAGUGAUGCAGCUCAGAAAAAACGGGGAUUCUCCACUGCCACUGCCAUCGGCAUCAGUCAGCUACCCUCUUCGACCUUCCUUAUCCCAAUCUCCUCAAACAGCGUGUCUUCAUCAACCGUCAACCAGUCGGAUGUCGGGCCUUCCUCUACCAUCAACACCGAACAACGAGAGACCGGUGUGCCGUACUCCUCCAUCGUCCUCAAUCAGUUGCCCCGAUCGAGCAUCGCCUAUGUCGACAGGGCGGAGCCUCAAGUGUCCUACACCUAUCAGCUACCAGUUAGCAGCGUCCAAUCCGAGAAACAUCAGUCAUACCUCAUCGUCAAGAAGAUCACAGAACCAGCCAGAAGGUCAAGUCAGUCUUCCGAAGACCAAAGUCACGCCACAAUGUUCAAUUAUAAGUUGCCAACCACAUCAGGCUACAGCUCUCGCCUUCAGACCGAAAUCUCAGUCGCCCACUCUUCUGUGUUCGUCGGCAGCAAGCAGUUGUCCGACACCGUCGUCGCUCGUAACCGUAAAAAACAAACAAAUCGCGCAGUACCCGCGCUUAACCGUAUCAUCGACACCGAGAAUCUCUCCAUUACAGCCGAGUAUCAAUUGGAACGAUCGUCUUUCAACGGACGAAAGUCCAGGGCGAGACAGUCACGGAAUAAAUUCGGUAUCAAUCAGCUGCGAUCUGUCCGAGCCGCAGAAAUCCUACUACCUUCCUGCGAUAGUGCCGAAUCCGAUAAACAAUUACAAAUCACAAAGUCACUCGAGCCAGAGGAGGCAACCGUGUACAGUGGUCGUUCAAAGUACAGGCCAAGAACCGGUGGUCUUCUCCACUCAUUGUUCGCAGGCCAUAACAAGUCCUAUAUCGUCACCGAUCAUUCUCGAGACUCACGAGAUUUCGGCGCAGCUGACAAAGACUCCGGCCUUGGUCGGCAACAAUUGUAUCACGAAGACUACCAGUUGGAGUCAAGCGAGCGAAACGAAUCUCCGGUCCAGUCGCAGCGCGGUGCCAUCACAAAAUUCUUCGAGCACGUGAAAUUGGAAGAAGCGCAUCUACCAGCGCCACCUAGAGCAAAGCUAGUAUACAAGAGCGGCACUAGUUCCGAGAAGAACGAGAUCGAUAUCGGUGAAACCGCGGAUGAGGAUACAAAUAGCAACGAGUUCGUUACCAGGAGGCCCUCCUUGUUAUCCGGCAACUUUGAAGAUGAUUUCACCGAUCGAGAGGUGAAACAGACCAGUUGGCUGUCGAACAGAAUCGCAGCGAAGAAGGGGCAAAAGAAAGAGAAUGUUGUAACCAGCAAGAGCAUCGAUACGUUUGAUUCCACUUCGAAUUCGUUGACACGAACGUCGGAUAUUAUUACGUAUGAACGUAAACGUGCUAAUGCGUAUAUUAGAAUCGAACGCGAAACCGAUCAUGACGAGGAGGAUAAUGCAAUGGUCGGUACGUGUCGAACCGAUGCGACUUCUUACCCGAGGCGCAUCUCAUCUCUCGCGGAAAUUGUAUCGAACGAUCGAAGGGAUCGGCAAAACUCUGCUGCAUCCCUUUGUAACGCACAAAGCAAUUUCUUAGAGCUUCGCAACGAGGUCUCAGUUCCUGACGAUAAGGCUGAUACCGAGAGACAAGACUUAUCCAGUGGCAGACGGUCAACCAGUAGCAGCAGCGUUAGCAGUACGAGCGACAGCGAUACUCCCGAACAAGCGAUGAACGACACUAUCGAGUAUUCUCGCCGACGACUGUCCGGAAACGGAUACAAAGAACGUUUGGGCAUUAGUGCUGUGUCCCCGGAGAGCAUGCAGGUACUCGAACAGUUCGAAUCAGCUAUGCUGGAAACUGAUUGUAGCAAUGCUGCCACUAGUUAGAGUUAGUUACCUAUGAAUGCGGUAUUAACGCGUCGUUUAUGCUCAUUGCUAGAUAUUUUCUUUCUCUCAUUGAUUGAUGUUGGUUGGUUGGUUGGUUGGUUGGUUGGUUGGUUGGUUGGUUGGUUGGUUGCUUACGUUCAAGGCACUCGUUAGAUACAGUAACUCCCCACGUUAAAGGUACCAAUUAUCGUCGCGCGUUACCCCCCGUCGACUCGUAGCGACAGGCUAGCAGUCUUACAAUCAGACAAAAGUGGUCAAAUACACGGAUGGGAUUCAAGUUAAUCCACCGACGACAAUCGAAUUUUGUAUAUUUUUAAAUUAGCCCAAACACGACUUUGUUCGAACAAUUUUUAAUUAUAUGCGAUUGAAAUUUUUGGAGAAAAAUGAUUCGGAUAAUGUAUAAUUAUAAAUAGUACAAAGAAGAAGAACGUUUAAAUUAAUUUUCACCGAGAAAAGUUCGCCGAUUAGCUGCCACGAAGAUAUAAGAAAAAUAGAAAAGAAAAGAAAGCAAAAAAAAAAAAAACCAUUCAUUUCGUACGCACUCGGUGUAUUUGUUCUUUAUUCUCCUCGACAGGCGGUACACACGACAAUUUAUUCGAGAUUAAGAUAAAAAAGGUAAAUUCCGGUUAGGAAAUUGCCUACGUUAACCGUUAGUUAAAAGUUUCCAAGCGGGUCGAGUUAGCAAUUUUAAUCGAGGAGUUACUGUACGUACAUACUUUUCAGAGUUUCUCAAACUUGUACAUGUUCAGUACUGCAUUUGUGUCUGUUACUUAUCUAGAGAAAGAAAGAAUUGGGUUACUCGUAACGGCUGCAGAUCUUUGUAGGCAGUUUCAACCCUUCUGUGUUACCUUGUGAAACAAUUGUAAUCGUUUCUACAUGAACAAUAUCGAUUGCAACAGCGAUAAUAACGAUGGUAAUCGAGUACCAUUUACGUUUCACUCUAUACAGAUGGUAAAAUUACUUUGCGAUUGUAAUAUUAUCAUCAUCAUCAUCUACGUUAUCCGUUCGUUUAUUUAUUAAUUAUUGCCCGUUAGCCGUUUUCCUUGUUCUUUUCGUGAUAAUUAACGAACCUACAUACGUGAGGACCAAGUUCGAGUUUCUUCCUAUUGAACAUUAUGCAAUUGAUUGAAAAAUUAAUAUACAUACAUAGAUACCGAUUCGCUUGUGUAGCUUACGCGCUGGUAUACGUUUUCAUGGUCGAUCGAUAAAAUUGCUACCGAAUUACUUUGUACGCUGUAAAAUUAUUUCAGGGGGCCGAGUUGUCGAAUUAAAACACUGUUCAUUUGCAAUACCGACGUGUACGAAACACGCACAUAUCUGACAGAUUCUGAUCUGCGAAAGAACAGAAAGACUUGAAAGGGAAGUCUACGUACGUAAGCCGAGUCAUAUUACCAUACUGCCUUAAUAGUAAUUUAAAAAUGGUACUUUUUACAAUAAUUUCUACGGAUAUGCACGAGACGCGUGUACGAUUAAAUAGACUGAUUUGGAUGUCGCCAUAUUGAAAUUAAGUGGGAUGAUGCGAGGGAAGUAAAAACGUUAAUCAAAAUGAUGCGUUACCGUAAUCGAAAACUUAGGCGUUAAGAUUGCGUGUACGUUAACAAGUAGAUAAAACGUUAUCGAAGUAACGUACCACCUUAAUUGUACGAUUCGGAUACGGUUUCUUGCGAACGAAGCGUAAAAGAGCCGUACUUUUUAAAAAUAUUUUACAUCGAAGCGAAUGCUUAGAGAAAGAAGGAAGGAGAGCGAGAGCGAGAGCGAGAGCGAGAGCGAGAAGGUCGUUAUUAUUUUUAGCGUAUAAUUUUUCGGAAAUUCGCUCGCAAGCAUUUCCUUCGAUGUAUCGAUGUAGGCAGUAUUCACUACAUUUCACUCCGCGGUCAUAGGCGGAUGUCUUUCAUCAAUUACAUUGUGCCGAACGUUACGACUUAUACACCGAUAACUGACCACGAUGUUGUUAUCGACGAGAUAAUUUGCCCGAUCAUAGAAUUGGGCGUUCAUAAAUUAAGCAAGUUCGUUAAUCUAUUUAUUGCGUUUUCUUUUCUUUUUUUUUUUCUCGCGCGGCAAUUACCGUCAGCUUUUGUGUCCAAUACAUUUGACUAGUGUAUAAAAUAAGAAAAGCUGAAAACAGAGAAAAUUGUUAUGCAAUGUAGGCAACGAGAUUAAGAUCGAAAUUCGUAU